AUCCAGGCUGGUCGUCAGGAUGUUUCGAUUUAGAAUCUGGAGGUAACCAGAGUCCAUCUGUGUUCCCUCGUUCGACAUGGUCCACUGGACCUUCGUUUUGGCGCCGUGUGUCUGGAUUCAGGCCCUCGUGCCGAUGGUGGCGUCGGACACUUGUCCCCCCGCAUCCCCCGUAGACAUCAAUUUCUCAGUGCCCUACCCCAUGCCCUUCUUUCAAGCCAUUAACCCAAUCCAGAACAUCGCCGUCAACCCCGUUUAUCAUGAGGUCUAUCUGGGGUCGCGGAAUGUCAUCGAAGCGGUGAACGGCACCCUGGUAAAGCUGUGGGAGCUCCGGACCGGACCGGUGAGCGGCAGAGAGUGUCGGCUGUGCCGGCUCUGCAGCAUCGAGAACGACCCGUUCGAGGAGGACACGGACAGCGAGGUGCUGCUGCUCGACACCUUCCUGAUGUACCUGUACACGUGCGGGAGCUCUCAGUACGGCGUGUGUUACUUCCACCAGCUACGCGAAAACGGGCGGGCGCCGGCGCCCUCCAAGUGCCUCUUUCGGAAGGAGGCCAACUCGGCUGCUUUCUGCCCGGACUGCAUCGCCAGCCCUCUGGGCACCAAGGUCAGCAUGGUGGAGGAGGGAAAGACGGUGUACUUCUACGUAGCCGCGACCGUCAACGACAGCGUCACGCAGCGCUACGGCCGCAAGUCCGUCUCGGUGCGGCGCCCGUUAGCCUCCGAGGACGGCUUUCACACCGACGUCCAGGGAUUGACAGUGCUGCCCGAGCUCAGGCGGGUAUACCCCAUCGAGUACGUUUACACCUUCUAUACAAACGACUUUGUCUACUUCCUGUCCGUACAGAGAGAAAAGGCAGACCAGCGUGGCACCUCACCCUAUCAGACGCGCCUCGGGCGCUUACCGCGCAACGAGUGGGAAACGCGGCGCUACCGCGAGGUCGUGCUGGAGUGCCGCUUCGAGCCCAAGCGCAGGCGCAGGAACGCGGGCAGCCCCAGCACCAGUUCGAGCGCCAGCGAGGCUUUCAAGGACAUCGUGUACAACGUGGCGCAGGCGGCGCACUUCGGCAGGGCGGGGCGCGAGCUGGCCGACGAGCUCGGCGCCGAGCAGGACGACGACAUCCUCUACGGGGUCUUCGCCGUGACGGACGACUCGGGCGUUCCGGAGCACGACUCGGCCCUCUGCGCCUUCCCCAUGGACUGGGUGAAUUCCUUCAUCGAUCACGGCGUGGAGGACUGCUGUAAAUCCGGACCCGAGCAGCUCUCCAGGGGCCUGUGCCACUUCCAGCCCUGUGAAAGCUGCCCGCACGAGAGCAUGGAGCACAACGUGAGCUGCAGAGAUCAGCCGACUCUGGUGGCUCAGCCCUGUUACCGAGUGGAUCUGUUCAACCGGCAGAUGAGAGACACCUUGCUCACCUCCCUGCUCGUCACCACCAUCGACAACAAAACCCUCGCCCACAUCGGCACGGCUGACGGCAGACUGCUGCAGUUUGUUUUGCGAAGAUCCAGUCCCGUCAUCUUUGCCAACUAUUCUCUGGUGGAGAAUCAGAAGGUUUCCUCCACCGCUGCUGUCCUUCCUCCAGACCAGCUUCUCUUCGUAGUGGGAAAUAAGAUGAUUCAGGUCCCUCAGAGAGGUCCGGGGUGUCUGCACUUCCUCACGUGCGCCGCGUGUCUGACUGCGCCGAGGUUCAUGGCCUGCGGCUGGUGUUCGGGACGCUGUACCUGGCAGUCUGAGUGCUCGGGGCGCUGGGUCCGAGAUUCCUGCCCGCCCGUCAUCACGAGCUUUUUCCCAACGACAGCGCCCCCUGACGGCCAGACGGAGAUGCUGCUCUGCGGCUUUAAGUUCCAGUCGCCCCUCAAACCUGCCAUCAGCACCAAGACCCACGUGGUGAAGUUGGGGGAGACUGCCUGUGUGGUGCAGCCUUCCAAAAGCAACAGCACACUUCUGACGUGUAAGAUUCGCUCUGGAGUAACGGAGCCUCUGUUCAGGCCGCUUAUCGUUGCGGCGAGUGUUCACGAGGGUCGUAUGGAAGGUCCCUAUUUCAUCGAAGGAACGGCCGAGAUGCCUGGAUUUACCUUCGUGCUGCCCAACAUCACCGAUGUCCAGCCAGAUUACGGACCAAUGAACGGCGGCACCUUGAUUACCAUCACGGGACCCUACUUACAUUCGGGAAGGACCAGAAAGGUCACGCUGGAUGGUGACGUCUGCCCUAUUAAAAACGUUUCCUUCCUCUGGGGAAAUCUGUCCUCCAUCGUGUGUCUCUCUCAACCGGUCAGCGAGGUGAAGGACGUGGUGCUGCAGGUCUACAUCGACAGGUUCCGCAUCCUCGCCACCAGGGUGUUCCGAUACAAGCAGACACCCCAGAUUUUCUCCGUUCAGCCCGACUGCAGUUUCGACAACGGAUCAAGGAUCACGAUCGAGGGGGAAAAUCUGGACUCUGUGUACAGGACCGUCAUUCACUUCAAGCCCAAGGAGAGCCACCUUAAACCAGUCUCCACUGAGUGCAGAGGGAAAGCUAAGCCCACCCGUAUGGAGUGUGUCACCCCGGUCUUCCCCAGAGAUGAGACGGAAGAAGGAGAGCUGUCCUUUGACAUGGACGGUGCACUGGGUCUGUGGAAGCAGGAUUUCUCCUAUCACCCUUACGGGAGGCCCAUUCCGUUUGAGACCGAGGGCCACGUGCUCACGCUCUACCCUGGCUUCGAUGAGGUCUCCCUACAUCAUCAGAAGCUAAACCUGGUGAACUCCUGCAUGAAGAUCACCAUGACUGUCGGAGGAGUCGACUGUGGAGCGAAGGUUUUGGAUAACGAGAUCACCUGCCGUAUUCCCAAAAACCUCACCAUCCCUAACGAGGGCUUACCUGUCAAGAUAACGGUCAACGGCGAUGUCCAUAACGUGGGUACUGUGGUCCUGGUGAGCAACCAUUACGUUGUGGGCAUUGUGCUUGGAAUUCUGGGAGCUCUGGUGGCGGGGGCGGUGCUGGCCUUCAUCACCAUGAAACACCUGAGGAAGAAGAAGACAGGAGAGUUGCCGUUCAGCGCCACCCCUGUGCCCAAUGGACCUGUUUCGUUUCCUGGCCUGGCUUAUGCCAACACGCUGGACCCCAGCCUCACCCCGCUCAUCCCCCCUGUGACCAUCUCCAUCUCCAGCUUCCGGCCAGAGCUGCUGGAGGAGGUGAAGGACGUCCUCAUCCCAGCGGCUAUGCUCAACGUGCAGCACCAUCAGAUCAUCGGCAAAGGUCAUUUUGGCAUCGUUUAUCACGGAUACCUGACUGACCAGAACAACAGGGAGAUCCACUGUGCUGUGAAAUCCCUUAACAGAAUUACAGACGUGGAGGAGGUCGAGCAGUUUUUGAAAGAGGGGAUUCUGAUGAAGGGUUUCCAUCACAGUAAUGUUCUGUCUCUGCUGGGCAUCCUCCUGCCUCAGGAAGGGCUCCCCCUAGUGGUGCUACCCUACAUGAAGCACGGAGACCUGCGCCACUUCAUGCGCUGUGAGGACCGGAACCCCACAGUGAAGGACCUCAUUGGGUUUGGCCUACAGGUUGCCAAGGGCAUGGAGUACUUGGCGCAGAAGAAGUUUGUGCACCGGGACUUAGCUGCCCGAAACUGCAUGCUGGACGAGUCGUACACGGUGAAGGUGGCAGACUUCGGCAUGGCCCGAGACGUGUUCGACAAAGAGUACUACAGCAUCCAGGAUCACAGAAAAGCCAAGCUGCCUGUGAAGUGGAUGGCCAUCGAAAGUCUGCAGACCCAGAAAUUCACAUCCAAGUCCGACGUGUGGUCGUUUGGGGUUCUGCUGUGGGAGCUAUUGACCCGAGGAGCGAGCCCUUACCCAGAGGUGGAUCCCUACGACAUCACACAUUACCUCUUAAGAGGACGCCGCCUGCCUCAGCCACAGUAUUGUCCAGAUCUGCUGUUUGCUAUAAUGCUGCAGUGUUGGGAUCCCGAUCCGGACAGGAGACCCAGUUUCACCACGCUCGUCUCCGAGGUGACGGCCAUUCUUUCCGGCCUGGAGGGGGAGCACUACAUCAGCCUGAAGGUAACGUACGUCAACCUGGACCAGCCGCGGCCCUACCCGGCCCUCACGGACUCCGCCGACGAGUACGAGUCCUCGGACGCGGACGAGAAGGGCUCAGAUUGUACGUGAUCGGCUCUGCGUUCUGUUACUCGUCUAGAUGGUGCUAAGAUUUAUUUAUUAAGUAGCAGCAGUACUGGAAUAUGAAGUGGCUGUAGAUACAGAGUCUCCUGUAGAUAGAGGACAAAAUCAUUUCAACAAAUUCUGGUUGGAGACAGAUUUCACAUUUUAGUUCUUCAGUACGAAAGGUUACAAUUCAGCCAAAUGUAGAUGGUAAUGAGUCUAUUAUUUAUUAUAACUACACACAGAAUUAACAUUAGCAUGUGUUAUUGCUGUAUAAACCUUUUUACAAUGUGUAUAUUAUCCUUCAGCAACAUUUCAUUCUAAUAUUAAAAGCAUUAGUUUACAGUAUCACACCAAACGAUGCUCAUUACUAUUAAAUAGCUGAUCAUUUUUAACCAAACUGGAAGAAAAUCAGAGGCUCACUGACUGGAAAUCUAAUUUCUGAAUACACACACUACACCAGCACACGUGCCAAGUGGAAGCUCGAGCACUUUCUGAAAACCUGGGGCUUAAAAUAGCACAUUGUGCACAGGUAAUAAAGUGUGAGUUGCACUUCCAUGUCAGUCCUCAUACAGCAUCCUUAACAGAUCAUGUCAUUUCUGAAGCCUGAAUGAAAAACGUUGGUGCUGGGAACGGUGCAGCACAGUGAGAGAUGUUUAAAUUGUGUAAUGCUCAGUUAGUCUAGGUGUAAAUCACUGCCAGUCCUGAAGAUGCUGUGGGCUGUGUUUUUAAAUAAGACGUAUAAGCCUGGGUGCCGGCCAUUCUAAAAUUACGCCUACACAGCAGGCUUUGGCGUGUGCUUGAGGCAGCCAUUUGUAGGGUUGCUAUAAACAGUUCUUUUUAUGGCUCUUUUAAAUGGGCAGUAGUGAUAUACAUCUUUGUGGCAUUAUUACUCUGAAUGGUAACACGGUUCGUUUUCCAGUUUGUCUCGUUAUUAAAAGCUAAACAAUGAGUGAUGAUUAAUGGUGAAGGUUACAGCAUUAUAAUGUACACAAAACUCCAAAACCACUUCACAAUUACAGUUUUAUUUUUAAUGUUUGUGCAAAAUCUAGUGCCCCAUAAAUGCUUCAUGGACUUAAGGUCAGGUGAGUGUCUAGGAAAGUCCACGACAGUCAGAACCUCUUGACCUUCUUUGGUGUUCAAGUAGUUGUUGCAAAGCUUUGAGGUCUGAGACCUGUAAUAAUAAUAAUACAAACAAUGUGUUAAAUUUAAGAAACAGGAGCAUUUUCACUAUAUAUACAUAUAAAUACAGUCCUACAAUCUGUUUUACUGUAGCUACUGUUACAGGCGGCAACUUAGGUGUAUAAU